AUGGCAGAUUGGACUGAAGGAAUCGGUCAUUUUAUGUGUCCACCUUUAAACAUUCUCAUGAAAGCCACACCUGAACAGUUACAGCUGCUGCAUACUCAACUAGAAAAGGAAAAGUUGGAUCCUGAAACUUGCAUCAUCCCUAUUAAAAAUUGUGCAUUACUAAACCUUGAGGGAGUUAUAUUAUACUUAAAAGGUGAAAAAAACAAAGCUGUUGAUGUAUUUCAGAAUGUAUUAAAACUUUUACCAAGAAACCUUAAUGCAAUACUAAAUCUGCUUCAUAUUUACAAAGAAGAAGAAGAAAAAGACAAAGUACAAGAAGUACACAGGGAUCUACGUCAAAUCGGUGCUAAAACUGAAGCAGAGUUAUGUGCUUUAAAAGCAUGUGCUUUUUUUGAACUAAACGUGGCAUGUUUUUACCUCCAAACACCAACAUUUGGUAUUGACACUACCAUAGAAAGUUAUCUGAAGGCAUUAGAGUUGGGAGAAGCUCAUCCUGACUAUUUAGAGUGGAUCUUGCAGCUGGCAUAUUGCUAUUAUUUAGUUGUACGUAUUGACAGUGAUGUAGGGAAUAUCAUUACUGAAGAUAAAAGACUGGAAUACUUCAGAUCAUCAAUCAGUCUGUUUCAAGAUCUUAUAAAAUGCGGUGCGACUGAAGUUAAAGUGAUUGCCUGGCUGUUUUCUGGUGUGUUAAUCAAAACAAUAUCUAAAUGGGAAAGUAUUCUUUCAGACGAUUUCAUCGGUAAAUUGAAAAAUCCAGAAAACUGUUUUUUGAAAGCAUCAAAGUUUGCUCGUUUAUCUUCCAAGUGCGCAUCAUAUGUUGCAGAUAUUAUUAGCAACGAACAGAGUGAUGAUGAAGAUGAUGAGAGUGUGUAUGAAUUAAGAAAAGUUACAUCAUGUCCAAGCAUGCUACAGCAAGAUGUGGUGCCAGAUGCUGAUGCUCCUUCAUGCAGCAAGUAUAAAGGAAAACCAUUCAGAGAUAAUCCUUCCCAGGAAGUUGACAAGUCUCCAGCAAUUUUGACGGUUGGAUUGGAGGGGAGGGAAGACUGUAUUGAUGAAAAUCUGAGUGAAAUCAACACAAAGUUCAGAGCUUGUGAAAACAAAGCGGCUGUAUGUAAUGCAGGUGACAAGAAGGCAACAGCUGUGAAGAGAACAGAAAGUAUUAUGGAAGAUGCAGUUCCAGUCCCACCAACAUCCAUUUCAACAGAGAUAGAGGAACCAGUCACAGAACCUGGCAAUGACACAGAAGGUGUUUCAGAAAUGAUCUCUUCUGCCAUCCCUGCAACAUCCUCUGGAAGUUGUGAUAUGAAUACUGGAGAGUCAUGCUCUCCUGCCAAUGAUAUUUCAACCUCAACUUCUACAGUCAGUGAAGAAGCUGGUAUACACAAAAAGGAUGUUUCUGCAUCUGGAAGUAGUAUUAUGGCUGCAACAUCAACUGAAGUGAAGACGGAAAGAGAUGAACAAAAGAUUGUGCCAACAGGGAGUGAGGAAUCAUCUACAUUAAGGGACAGAGAAAAUCCUGCUGUGGUACUACCAUCCAGCGGAAGUGUAGCUCAUCCUAAACAAUCAGAAGAUAUGAGCGUGGGGGCAAGGGUCAUCGAUACAACAAACCCAGUUACAGAUCAAAAAAAAGAUCAUGAAAGUGCCUGUUUUGACGAUGAAUCUUUGUCCAGACCAACAGAAGAGGUAGCAGCAAAUAACAGAAAAAGUAUGUCCAGUGGUCAGCAUGCUGAUCUAAGACUGUUAGCAGAAUCAGAACUUAGUGACGUACAGUUGACAGCAAGAGAACGUGCACAAUUACCAAAGAAAGGCAGCUACUAUGAUGCCAUUCUUCUGUCUAGUACUCAUGAUGAAUCUGAAUUAGAAGAACUGUUAUCAUUGUUUGAAGGAUGGCAAUUGAAAGUCUGCAGCUUUGAGGGUUUCAAGACUGGUGGCAAGAAUGUCUUUGAGAACUUUAAAGACGCCAUGUAUAGCUGCACAUACAUUGUGGUGGUUUUAACCAAGAAUUUCUUGAAAGACAAGUGGUGUGAGAAACACAUUCACACUAGUCUCAUCACUGCAAUAGAUGAUCCUGAGAAACACAAUUUUGUAGUUCCUAUUGUGUAUGGAUUGCAGGACAAGGAAAUUCCAACCGAGCUAAAGAGUGUGGCAUGUCUAAAGAGAUCAAAUCGUUUCUACAAAGAACAGCUGGAAAAAACUAUAACGACAUUACAGAGAGAGAUCAAGGUUGAGGAAGACGAAGAAAGGUAUGCAGAAGCUGAGAUGAAAUUGAAGAAACAGAAAUUGUUAAAAUCAUUAAACAAACCCCGAGAUGAGCUUCUGCUGCAGCAGCAGUAUAAACAGGAGAAAAAAAAGAAACAGAGCCAAUAUCAAAAAGAUUCAUCACAGUUACGCAAGCAUGAACAGCUUCAGAAAAAUCAGAAUGGUGGGAGCAAAAAAGCCAGGGGCAUUAGCUACAAAACAGAAAUUAAUUCACUUCAUGGGAUUCAAUCCAGUGAUAAAAGCAUAUGUAAGAUGCAGAGGGAAAAUAAAAAUGAUGACGUAGGGAAGCUGGCAAAAAAGUUGAAAGAUGUCAGAGUUUCUGAAUCUCAGCAGAAUACAUCAAUAGCCAAACCUAGCACUAUGCAGGAUCAACAUAGACAUGAAGAGAAGGUGUCAACAAAAUUUUACAACGAGAAAUAUGCAUUGCCGCCAAAGGAUUCAAUGUCUGCAGUUGAAAUUCCAACUAUAAUACACCAACAUUACCACAUCACAGGCCAGCAUAUCCAAAUAGGAGAUAUGAAUGCCAUGCAUGUUAUGGAAGGACAGAGAGAUGUUGAUGCCGAAGGAGAUCAAUUUACUCAACCAAAUGUUCAGUAUGUUAUUGCCGAAGAGAAUCCUGUUAAGAAGGAUAAUACAACAAGUCCUCUGUUUGAGGAUGAAGGUCACAGAAAGGAUCCUUCCCAAGACGUUAUUCCAGAUGAGAGCUAUUUUGAGGGUGAAAAGGAUGUUGAUACUAAAGUCAUGAAACUUUAUAAGAAAGGCUCCAGUGACAAGGGAGCUGACCAUAUUGUGGAAGACAGUCCUAGCCGGAAUCAUCCAAGUCUGACAUCUUCAAAAUCUUGCCCAAGCAUAGAUGGCAGAGGUGGAGAGUGUCUAAGUCAAAAUCAUGAAAAAGGCCCCAAACCUAAGCCAUAUGACACAGAACUAGGUGAUAGCUUGUAUUUACUCU